AUGGCGAUCAAGAGCGGGAAGAAGAAAGCCACCAAAUCUAUGCAACCCGCUUGCAGAGAUUACACAAUUCACCUCCACAAGAUUGUGCACGGCAUUCAGUUCAAGAAGAGAGCUCCCCGCGCUAUUCGCGAGAUCCGGAAGUUUGCGGAGAAGGUCAUGCACACAAAAGACGUGCGCAUCGACACGAAGCUGAACAAGCACAUCUGGAGCAACGGCAUCCGCAACUUGCCGCGCCGUGUGCGCGUGCGAAUGGCUCGGCGCCGCAACGAAGAUGAAGACGCAGCUGAGAAGUUCUAUACUUUAGUGCAGCACGUGCCGGUGGCUUCUUUUGCGGGUUUGGGGCCCGAGUAUGUGAACGAGGAGUAA